UAAUUUUUUUUCUCACAAGCUUAUAUACCCCAAUGCAAACCCUGAAAAACCCUACAGCCUUCGUCUCUCAUUGACAGCUGCGCGCGUCUCUCUUUCCAACAAGUAAGAAAUGGUUAAGCAUAACAAUGUUGUGCCCAAUGGGCACUUCAAGAAGCACUGGCAAAACUAUGUCAAGACAUGGUUUAACCAACCAGCCCGAAAGACUCGCAGACGCAUUGCUCGUCAGAAGAAGGCAGUCAAGAUCUUUCCUCGGCCUACAGCUGGACCUCUUCGACCUAUUGUACAUGGCCAGACUUUGAAGUAUAAUAUGAAAGUGAGAGCUGGUAGGGGGUUUUCUCUUGAAGAACUCAAGGCUGCUGGUAUUCCAAAGAAACUUGCUCCUACAAUAGGAAUUGCAGUUGAUCACCGUCGCAAGAAUCGCUCCUUGGAGGGUAUCCAGGCUAACAUUCGGAGGCUGAACACCUACAAGGCCAAAUUGGUUGUCUUCCCAAGACGGGCUCGCAAGUUGAAGGCUGGUGAUUCUGCUCCUGAGGAACUGGCAACUGCUACUCAAGUACAAGGACAGUUUCUGCCUAUUGUACGCGAGAAGGCAUCUGUGGAGCUUGUGAAGGUCACCGAGGAGAUGAAGUCAUUCAAGGCUUAUGACAAGCUCCGUGCGGAGCGUACGAAUGCACGCCAUGUUGGUGCCAGGUUGAAGAGGGCAGCAGAAGCCGAGAAGGAAGAGAAGAAGUAGAAGUUUGACCCUAUCAAGUGGAUUUUUGAGUGGCAAGUGGGAUUUUUGUUGUUUCAUCUUACUUGUUUCCAUCCUUUAGUCUCCACCAUAACUUGCUUCAAAUGCGCACAUUACACCUAAAAACCCAGAACAACAUUUUGUUUUAGUGUGGACACUGUAGCACAGGACAAGAUAUAUUACAUCGAGUUUGACACUGUUCAAGACACAAUGUGUUUUUUUUUUUUUUU